AACCCAAGAAAAAUCUAAGCUAAAAUGCAGAAGCAAGCCCAACCUAGCUAGUAGAGACAGCAGAACUGCCGAAGACAACAGUAGAGACAGCAGAGUAGCCAUGGCCACAGAGCUUGAAGAACUAGUGGGCUUUCUGUCUUCUCCUUCCCCGCCUGUGAAGAAGGCAGCUGUUGAAAUUGUUCGAGAUUUGACUGGAUCCGAAGAUGGGUUACAGUCACUUUCCAAGUAUGGCAGUACUGUGCUUCCUUCAUUAUCUCAGCUACUUGAGGAGAAAAAGGAGGUUUCUGAACCUGCAGCAGAAGCUCUUAUAAAUCUUUCACUCAACUCGAAUUUAGCUGCAAAGAUGGUUGAAAUGGGAAUCAUUAAAACAGCAAUGGAUGUAUUGUAUAAACCAGAUAGCAGCAUAACUCGGUUGUCGGUGAUGCUACUAGUUAACCUCACACAAUUGGAUUCUGGAAUUGUGUCCUUGCUUCAGAUUGAGGAUGAGAAAAUGCAAGGGCUAUUCGUUAUGAAGCUGGUGAGAUCAUUUGGUAGAUCCUCUGAUGAAACUAGAGAUGAUCCAUUUGAUCAUGUUGGUUCAAUUCUUGUGAACAUUUCAAAGAAAGAAGCCGGAAGGAAGAUGUUACUAGACUCUAAGAGAGGGUUGCUGAAACAGAUUCUCCGCCAAUUUGAUUCAACAAGUCCAUUACGGAAGAAAGGGGUCUCUGGAACACUCCGCAACUGUUGUUUUGAAGCUGAGAAUCAACUUCAGAAUUUUCUUUUGAUAUCUGAGUUUCUUUGGCCAGCUCUACUUCUUCCUGUCGCUGGUAAAAAGAUAUAUAGUGAACAAGACACAUCAAAAAUGCCUCUUGAGCUUGGCAGUGCACUCUCGAUUGAGCGCGAACCAUGGGAUGAUCCUGAAAUUCGUGUUGAAGCAUUGGAAUCUAUAUACUUGAUCAUAGUACAGGAGGCAGGUCUAAGAGCCUUUUGGUCUGUGAAUGGACCAUGUAUAUUACAAGUUGGAUACGAAGAUGAGGAAGAUCCUAAAGUAAUGGAAGCAUAUGAACGAGUUGGUUCAUUGCUGGUUCAUGGCUGCGGAACAGAGGAACCCGCCAGUGAGACAUCAAAAUGAUAGUCAGUUUGUGUAAGAUCUGAAACAAAUUGGUAUCAGGCUGAUUUUUGCUGUCAAUCUGCCAGCGGACUGGAAAAUGUUACCUAAAGUGUUCAUUGAACUCGAGCAACUUUUGGUGAUAUAGGUGUCCAGGAUAAUGUGCUUGUAGUCUGUUAGAGAACAGUUCCUAUAAAAUUAUAUA